GAAGUUUUAAAAUCAUAUGAUGUUGAAGUUUUGGAGCAUAACGCUUUUUAUUUCUAGGCUCAGUUUUGACCGGCUCGCGGCAGCACUCUCGUGAUUCUUGUGAAUAAUCAACUGGUCGGAAGGAACGAAAUGGUAGACGUUUGACGUUUUAUCGGGUUAAGGAUUUGACAGUUGACGCAUAUCGGUUAUUUAAGCUGUUACGAAGAAACGGUACGAAAAUGGAAGCAGUACCCAGGUUGCCGAUGAUCUCGUUUCACCUGAAAGUUAGCCCUGAGCCAGUUUCUUUUGGUCCGAAAUUGAAGCAUUACAUUCGAGAAUUUUAUAAAGAAGAUGCUGAAUCUUAUUCAAAUGAAAUACAUCAAUUGGAGAGCCUUCGGGCUAUGGCUGUUAGACCACCUAUAGACGUAACUGGUUGCUCUUUGCUGAAAAAAUAUUACUGCCAGUUGCAUUUUCUUGAUAGCAGAUUUCCUAUGAAGAAAGAUGGUGCUGCUGCUAUUACGUUUACAUGGAGAGACACAUAUGCUAACAUGGUGUGUUCAUUGGCUAAUAUUCGUUUUGAGAUUAUUUCCAUCUUGUAUAAUGUGGGAGCCAUACAUACACAACUUGGGGCUCGUACUGAACGUACAACUGCUGAAGGAAUGAAGAUGGCCUGUGCUCAUUUUCAAUGUGCAGCCUGGGCAUUUGAGCAUUUGAAAAACAGUUAUCCUCAACCUCCUGGAGUUGACCUAGCACCAGAAUUAAUGACAUUCAUGCAUCAACUCUGCUUAGCUCAGGCUCAGGAAUGUAUCUUAGAAAAGAGUAUGCUCGAUAAUCGCAAACCUACUAUAGUAGCAAAGGUCGCCCGACAAAUAGUAGAUUAUUAUAAUUUAGCAUUAAGCACACUCGAUCAAGGUGGCACCGAGGACAGUACGGUAUCAGACACAGUUGGCACAAAGAUAUAUAAAAGCUGGAAACGAUAUGUCAAAUUUAAAAGAGCAUAUCAUUUAGCUGUAACGCAACUCUAUCAAGGACUUGCAGCAGAGGAGCAACAGAAAAUGGGCGAGAGGGUAGCAUUCUAUAACGCAGCCCUAGCAUCAUUAAAUGAAGCUCGUGCUCUUUAUGGAAAUGCAAAAGGUUCUGGCAUCACGAGUGUAGCCGAAGAGAAAGAAGCAAUCGAGGAUGCCCUGACAUUUACCAACGACGUAAUAGAAGGCAAAAGAAAGGCUGCUAAGAACGAAAACGAGUUCAUCUACCACGAGGAGAUACCUGAGAAAGAUACUCUGCCUACAGUAAAGGGUGCAUCAUUGGUCAAGGGUAUUUCAUUUAACGUAAACGAUCCUGAGGUAUCUGGAUCAGAUAUAUUUGCACGACUGAUACCUAUGAAGGUUCACGCGGCAAGUUCCAUCUACUCCGAAGAGAAGGGAAAACUGUUGCGUACCAUUCGGGCAAAAAUUGAGGAACGUGAUCAGCAACUGAACAUAUACUUAGCAUCUCUGAAAUUGGACCACAUGAGUCUAUGGGAUCCUGAUCGACGUUCAUCCGAGAGUGAUCGCAUGCCAUUACCAGAGGAAUUGGCUGAAAGGUGUGCAGCCUUAAACGCUAAACCUAAUGCCAUCCAGGAUCUCGUCGAUGCAAUGGGAAAGUUAGCGGAUACGUACCACGAUGUGGAAUCCAUGCUAAAGGAAAUUGGCCAGUUACUUGUUGAAGAGCAGCAAAGAGAAAAGAAAUAUCAGGAUGCAAUGGGUAAAAGGCCACCAUCUAUAGUUGCUACCGAUUUAACAAGAGAGGCUAAAAAAUAUGAAGAGGCACAUGCGAAGGCAUCAGAAAGUAAUCAAGCUCUUCAUCGAGCAAUGACAUUGCAUGUUAAUAAUCUUCGAAUACUGGCUCAACCACUUACUGACUUGAUGGCACAUAUACCAUCUCCCAAAGUACCAACCUCAGAUCAGGAAGGAGGUAAGAAAGCGGAAGAUGUUUCCGUCAGCUGUGCCAAGGAAUUUAAACGGAUAUUAAACAAGGUCGACGAGAUGCGUAGACAAAGAGGUGAAUUGCAUGCGCAAUUAAGAGACGCUAUUGCUCAGGAUGACUUGACUCAAAUGUUGGUUACUGCCGUCGCAGAAGGGGGACCACUGGACAGUUUGUUUGCUGAGCAGAUUAGCAAGCAUCAAAAAUUUGUAAACCUGAUCGACCAGAACCUUGCUGCUCAGGACAAUAUCUUAGCAGCCCUGACAGAUGCGUAUGCACACACAGCAGAGAUGCGAAAAACUGUGGACGAGGUCUUGAAACGUCGUGAAAUUAUGAUAUCCUCAUUGAUAUCAUCGUACGAUGCCUACGAGGAUCUUCUGGCAAAGUCUAGCAAAGGACUAGAGUUCUAUAGGAAGCUAGAGACAAACGUGUCAAAGCUUCUUCAGAGAGUGAAGAGUACCUGCAAGGUACAGGAGGAAGAACGCGAACAGAUCCUAGCACAGAACGACAAGGUUACGUAUAAGGUCCCUGAGGGUAAUAUUAACGCAUUGCCUAACGUGGAGCCUCAGGUCCUUCCUAGUAGCAGCGGCUUGAAAUUAAAGGACUAUUUAGCAAGCAGACAAAAGCCAGUGGUGCCAACGUAUCAGAAUCAAUAUUACGAUCGUCAUACGGGACAAGUUAGUCAGGUGCAAUCAAUCUCGGUUGCAUCAACUGAAACAGUUACUAACCAGGCUGUUAAUCCGACGAUGACAAUGGCGCAGGCGGAAUUAGCAGCUAGUGAUCCUAAACAUUCGUAUGGCUACUAUACAGGAGGCUACGGCAGUUACUAUACUCCUCAGCCGGUAGACUACAGUGGACAAUAUCAGUAUGGAGAGAACAAUAGCGUUAGCAGUAAUAUCAAUCAAAGUUUUCCUAGAUCAGGAACUACCAAUACCGCCAGUAUGUAUCACCAGGCAGGUGGUGCUUCCUCUACAACGGAAGUAGCUAGUAAUGCGAGUCAGUAUGCUGGUUAUUCCGUUUUACCAAAUGGACAGACACAGUACCCAUCCACAUCAAACAUUCAAACAGGUGCGACAAUGCAUCAUUCCAUGUAUCCACAAACUGGUACAAUGGGAGCAACUCCACCGAUACCUGAUGCAAGUAACGUUGCACCGGUUUCAUAUCCUGCAACCUCGAGCACCAUUAUGCCCACCUCUUCCUCGUCGUAUCUUCAGCAGACUAAUAUGAUGCAACAAGUACAAGGACAGCAGGCGCAACAAAUGCAUCAGAAUUAUACUGAUCCGACACAAUCCACUUAUUCUGAUCAAGCAGCUCGAAAUUACGCAGACCAAACUCAGCAGAAUUAUGCCGAUCAAACGCAGCAUACUUAUGUUGAUCAAUCGCAUCUUAAUUAUGCUGAUCAGACGCAACUUAAUUACACCGAUCCAACGCAGUUUGGUUAUCCAGAUCAAACUCAGCAAAGUUACAUAGAUAACAUGGCUCAACAGGCUAAUGUUAUGGGUGCUCAAGUGCAGGCUAAUCAAGUGGUACAGGGUUAUACAAAUGCAUACGGGAAUUAUACACAAGGUGUUUCCGGGCAUCAGUAUCUUCCUCAAAACAGCCUGAAUCCGGUUGCAACGCAGAAUUAUUCACUGGCAAGCAAUACAAAUAAUUCGGAAAUUAUACAAAGUCAUGCCAAGUCCUCGUCUGUUCAGAAUUAUCCACAAAAUUAUCAAUAUGCUCAGUACAAUCCUGCGCUUUAUUCUGGUACUGUACAGUAUCCAGGUUAUUCUCAAGGCUAUGCAAAUACAUAUGGUGCCUCGCAGGCAAACAACAUGAGUAAUACAAUUCAGACAGAUUCGUACAAGGGACAUCCAGGAUAUUCGUAUGAUCCUGUAGCUGGUGGGUAUCAAUACAGUUCAGGAUAUCAAGACUCACGGAUAGCUCAGAUGCAGAGGCCAACUAGUACUCCUCCAGCUGUGCAGCAAACUGUAGUUAGCAGUGGCUAUGAUCAACAGGAAAAUAUAGCGCGGUAUACUAAUGCGAAUAAUGAUGUUGGAACUAAUCAGACACCGUCCACGCAAUAUUCAGAUCCGGCAUAUCAGCUACCUGCCAGUAGUCAAUCUUAUUAUACAGCACCUUACGGGAUUCAAGGUCAAACUCAGAGUCCGAGUGAUCAAGAAACUGUGAAUCAGAAUGGAGUUAACAAUACGUAUAUGCAAGCCAGUAAUAAUGAAACCAAUACAACGACUAGUGGGAAUGCAGAGAAAACUGAAAAGACUGAAUCAUCCAAGCCAAAAUCAAAUGUCGAUCUUCUUGCUGAUCUUGACAUAACAAUUAAUCAUGCGCCGCUUGUUCCUGAAAUACAUUCCACGGAAAAGGUGACGAAGGAAGAAAGUAAUACGGAGGAGACAUUGAGCGUUAAUGCACCGGACCACGUGAAGGAUGAUGAUGCCAGUAGUGAUUCUGGGAUACGUCUAGACGAGAAGAAUGAUAAUUUACAAAUAGUAUGGGACACAUGGUAUACAGACGUACAACCAAAGAAAGAUCCGCUUGGUGAUUCAACAGUUUUACAAAAAUUUGCCAUUGAUAUUGAGAAGUAUGAAAAGUUCAUCGAUGGUUUGUUAGCUAAGACAUUGAGUGGAGCUACUACUUUGGAUCUUAAAUGGAAGGAAGUUCGUGAUUUUCAAGAACGAGAAGCUACAAAGCAGACGACUAAAUUGGCACAGAUUAAUCCUUCUGCGAACAGAGUAGCAGAUUGUGUUCCUUAUGAUUCUACGAUAGUAAAAUUGUUAAGGUCUGAUAUAACCUCAACGUAUAUAAAUGCGUCACAUGUUAGGGAUAUUACGCAAUGGACACCUGCGGCAUUUAUAGUUACCCAGGCGCCUAUGCAACAAACUUUUGAAACCUUCUGGACAAUGGUCUGGGAACAGGGGAGUGAGGUUAUAGCCUGUCUGGCAUCUGAUGCGCAGUUGAACGGUGAUAUUUAUUGGCCGACGGAUGAGAAUAAAGACUUAACUCUUGGUAGCUUUACAGUUUCCCUGAAAAACAGAAUUAAUCAUACCAACCACAUUCAGAGAGUCUUUUCUAUAGCUCGAGAGGAAUGCAAGACUCAGAGGACUGUAGUGCACAUGCAGUUUGUCGCAUGGCCAUCGAAUGGUUUUCCCAGUAGUCCUGGACCUCUACUUGCAUUUACUACUGAUGUUAUAUCUGAACAAGCUUUAAGACGUUGUGCUCCGAGACCAAUUGUUGUGCACUGUCUAGCAGGUGGUAUUCUUAGUGGUCUCUUCCUUUUAGCUGCUGCUACGGUGUGUCAUGUUCGCGUUGGUCGUGGUAUCGUGGAUGUAGCACUUGUCUUCUCCACCCUGGUGAAGUUUCGCAAAUGUUUAGUUGAUAAGGAUUCAUUACUCUUCGGUUAUCGAAUGGUUCUGUAUCACGCUCAGGAUGCUUUGAUGAAACGUGGUAUUUUAUCAUCGACAAGAUCCACAUUCGAAGGUUUCGAAGGAGUGAAAGGAGCAUUGGGUAAAGUACGAAAGAAGACACAACAUCGUCAUCCUGCUGAAGAUUUUCUUCACAAUCUUGGAGUUGGAAUGCAGCAUGAUAUUGCAGGAUCACAAGGUGGAAAAGUAGGAGCAGGAACUGAAAAUACGUCACAGUCAUCUUCAACGAAUUUCCAAGAGAAACCUGAGGAAGUUAAGCCAGUUGACCCUCUCAGUCAGCUUGAUCCUAUGUGGUCCAUCAGAAGAUAGUUUAAUAGUACUAAUAAUGAUUCAUUUUAUGUUUUGUAUUAUACUGUUGUAAUUCUAAAGGCUAGGCCAUUUCGAAGUCGUCAAGAAAUUAUUUGCCCAGUUUAUCGUUUUAUCGUGCUACAAAGAAACGCGUUGAAGAAGUACCAGAAGAUACAGGACAUCCUUAAUCGGUAGACAUGGAAGGAAAUACUUCGAUUACUCUAUGGAAAUUACGUUACAGCAAAAACUACUUGACGCGUUAAUUUAUUAUGUAAAAAAUUAAUUGUUCGCGUGAUUUCCAUUCGUUGAACAUUAUUAAGUAACUUGAUAAGGAUUUGACAAGGCUUAGAUAUUAUAUAUAAACAUUUUUACAUAUGGAAAUGACUAGACAAAUGUAUUCAUUUUAUUGUCUUUUUCCACAAUCAGGUUCUGUGUACAUUAUUAUACGUAUAACGCAGAUCAUGAAUUGGCAUGAUAACAAAUUUGCAAGGAGGAAGACCAUUACGGUACGUCAUUAUAUUCGCCACAAAUUCUAAUGUGCUUUGCGUCACAGACCUUUAUGAAAAUUUCUUAAAGAUUUUUCUAUCAAAAGCAACAUAGAAAAUAGGCCGCACUGUAUAUUUUAUUGUUGGAGAUGGUUCGCGCCACAUUGAAUUAUUUUAGUACGACAUAUUCAUGAAAUUAAUGAGGUAAUAAUGGAUCUAUGCAAUUCAACAUGAAAAUGAAAAUAUAUGUAAUCAUUCUUUUAUUCUAAGCCAAAUAAAUGCUAUAAUCCUCA